AUGGAUAUUAAACAUUUAUUAUAUCUCAAAACAAAAAUAUUAAAAUAUGAAGAUGAAGAAUAUUUUCUUUAUCAUCGACCUAUUUUUGAAGCUAUCAAAGAACUAUUAUCUAAUAUCGAUAUCAUAAAUCAUUGCCAAUGGAAUUGUUCACCGGAUUAUAUUACCAAUGAAAAUGGACAUCGUGAGUGUGUAUAUGGAGAGCAAUGGUCUGGAAUGUUGUGGGAAAAUGCUCAAAAAUCAAUUGGGACAGGAUUAAAAAAGGUUUUAUCUAUAAUAUUAUAUUCCGAUGCAACUACAUUAGACCAUUUUGGCAAAAGUUCAGAACAUCCUGUUUAUUUAUCAUUAGGUAAUAUACCUAAUUGGCGUAGAAACAAACAGGAUGCUAAAGUCUUAUUAGGAAUUUUGCCUAAGCUGAAACCACUUCAUAAUCGUAAAGAAAAUAAAUCAGAAUUUGCAUCUGCUAAAAGGAUGUUAUAUCAAUAUUGUUUUGAUAUUAUGACUAAACCAAUAUAUGAAUGUGAUGGAUUAGAUAUUAAAACAGACAAUCAAAUAAUUUGGGCAUUUUCUUUUCUAUCAGAAUUUAUAGGUGAUCUGCCUGAAGAUGCAUCAUUAACGUUAACUUACAGCUCAUCUCGGAGUAGUCAUCCUUGUCAUAUUUGUACUGUAACAAUUGAUGAAUUAAAUAAUAUUAAUUUAUCGCAAUCUCAAAUAGAACUAAGAACUCCCAAUAAUAUGCAAGUUGUAAUAAAUAACAACCUUUGUCAUGAACACUGGUCAGAAUAA